ACAAUGCCGAAUCGCCCGACGCGGAAGAAAGAUCGCCGCUUUCGACUUCAGAAUUUCCUGGCCUUAACCCUAUGGCUCCUUUUUCUGGUUAAUUCGGCCGAUGGAAUGCGCUGCAGGAUUCCCUAUGAGAGGGUCCGGGAGAAUUACUGCUACUUUGUUGCCGACGAAGAACCACUGCACACAUCGUUUCACAAUUUCUGCUACCAGGACAAGCGCACCUCUCGGGUUUGCCUGGAUAGUGACGAGGAGAUGCGGAUUCUGGCCCAGCACCUUCAUGAGAUGGGCUACCCGAAUGGAACCCAAUUUUGGAGUGCCGGACAUCGCUGGCCAGGGGACAAUCGCUUCUAUUGGAAUUACUUUGGCAGAGCCCGACCUUUAAACUACUCAAAUUGGGCGGCGGACGAGCCGACUCCCCAAAUGGGUCGAAAUUGCCUGAUCCUCACCCUUCGAGGCGGAGAACUCGUAAUGAGCAGUGAGUCCUGCUACACUCAAGCGGUCGAUAUAUGUGAACAGACCCUGAAUGGUACAGAUUCCCGUCCUGUUAUCCACUGAUUGCCAAACAU